AUGCCGGCGACGAGGGGCAAGAAGAGGCAGCCCGGCCAGCUCUCGCUGGACGAGCUGUUCGCCCGUCAGCAGCCUCGGGCCGCAUCAACAAGCACCGCCGCCCGCUCGCACACCAAGAACAACACCCCGGUGAUGUCAAGCACUGGGCCAACCACAAACUCUUCUGGCCGCUCAGCUUCAGACGGCCUGUCGGCCGUCACAGCCAUCGACCUGACUAAGACCAGCGCGUCGUCGCGCGCCAAGCGUCGCGUGGCAGGAACCGCCGACGACGCCGACGCCCCUCCUGCCAAGAAAAUCAAGGCGAUCGCGCCCGCACCUGCCGACCCCCACCCCGUGGCGGCCCCCUCGUCCGCCACCCUCGCGCCCAUCACCGGCGCACGCAAGGCGACCGACGAGAGCUCUACGUCUAAGUCGCCCCUCGCCGCAGCGCGCACCGCCCCCAGCUGGGUCGCCGCAAAUGGGCCCCCUCGAGCCGCCCAGACUCCCCGGUCGCCGAUCCGUACCAUCGCGCUCGACGAGAACGAGCCGCCCUUUGCACCACACGCACAGCCAACAGCUCGCUCCCCUCGCGCCUCAAUCCAGGGCAUUUUCUCCCCUAGCAGCGGUCAGCCGAACUUCGUUUCUGGCGCGCGUAUCGCAGAAGGAGCUGUAUCAGCUCUCCCGAGCGUACUCAAGCACCCCAUCUCGGGGACCAACGCCGGUAUCGGCUCGCCAAAAUACACAACAUCGAGCCGCAAGCGAAGCCUUGUGACAGGCGAGGACAUCUUCCCUGUCGGCGACCCGUUCGAGUCUAAGCACCAGGAUACCAAGGGUAAGUUGGAGGAGAACGAUGAUGAGGCGAUCAGCUCCAAGCAAUGCAUGCCCAAGGGACUCUCAAGGGAGCCGACGCUCGCUCCGAUGGUCAUUGGAUAUGCUAGCUUAGAGCUUGGUGCCCCUCCUCGUGGCCGGCUGGACGUUACGGCUGUCAACGGUACGCCCCGGCUGAACGCCGGCGCGUUGAUUCCGCUUCUCUCCUCUUACCCUACCUCAUCGACAACACACGCGCCGCCAGUUCUCAGCACGCACCCCGCUACCUCAACCGAAGACUCUCCACCUCGGAUCACUCAUAACUCCCGCGUGUGGUCUAAGUCUGUGCCCACCACCAGCGGCGCCGCUUCUUCUUCUGCCCCCGCGAGUAUCGUGACGUCCCGCUCGCUUGUUCGUUCUGCACCCUCGCCAACUUCACUGUCGACGUCCACGGCGUCGGUCUGUGACUUCACAUAUCAGGCACUGCGCCUGAAUCUCGACUGCGCCGAUCUGUAUGUCUUCAGCGGCAUGGUGAAGCGCCGUAUGGACAAAUAUGGAAUCAAGAUAAAGCUGAACGGACCCGAGCCGCAACUCGUCAAAGGGAACCUUGAGGACCUCAAGAUCGGAGGCCGGCUGUGGACCGACUUGAAUGGAUGGCCGCGAGAACAACUCCUCCUGCGUGACGAGGAGAAACGGCAUCAAUCGAAUGCUUGCCACAUGAGUCUUCGGCUGCUCUGCGGCUUGAUCUACUGGCGCAGGUCUGCUAAGAGAGAGGUUUCCAGGGCGAAGGCGGAGAACAGGCUCCCAAUCGCGGUGCUACCAGGGUGCACAUGUCGUAUCCCGGAAACGGGGAUCCUUCUCCCUUUCUGCCAAUCAAGCGAGGCGACCGAGAUCCUGCUGGAGGGCAUCAAGCGUAUGACUAGCAUGGAGCGGAAGCGCCGCAAGAGCUGGGAUCGCAUCCUGGUCGGGAGGAUCAAAGCCUCGCCCAAGCUGAGGGACGACUCGACUCUACGCGAGAUGACGCUCCGAAUCAUGCCCACCACCAGCGGAGCAGACUGCCAGCAGCGCUGCCUCCUCUUUUUCCAUCUCACAAGGGACCCUCCGUCGUCCGGCGUCAGGGGCACCGUUGACUACCAGCUCAAGCAGACUAAGAAGCCGAAGUAUGGUUCGCUCUUCGGUGGGACUCUAACGCUCAAAGCUUCGCGCUGGGCACCAGCCGUUGUCGCAGCCUAUGCCCGCGCAUACCCCGGCCGCAGUCUCCCGGACGGCAGCAGAACAGCACAAAAGUCGGACGGGCCCAGCGGCCCGGGGGCGUCGUCGAGCCAGCCGAAGAAAAAACGCGCCCCGGCCACUCGCAAGGCUGGGUUGAACAACAAGAAACGCGACCCAGCGCGCAAGAUCAAGGCUUCCAAGUAA